AUGGCCUCUUCGUCCAAGGGGUUAUUUUUAAAUCAGCGUAAAUAUAUUAUUGAUCUGCUUCAUGAUGCUAACUUGGUUGAUGCUAAACCGGCACCUACACCAUUAGACAGCAAACUAAAGUUACAGUCUGUUGGCAAACUACUUCCUUCUCCAAGCAUGUAUCAAAAACUUGUGGGAAAGUUGAUUUAUCUGACUAUUACUAGACCAGAUAUUGCAUUUCCUGUGAGUUUAGUGAGUCAGCAUAUGCAUGCACCUACUAAUUAUCAUUUACAGCUUGUUAAACGGAUCCUCCGUUACUUGAAAGGUUCAAUCGGUCGUGGUCUUCUGAUGACUAAUAAUGGUCACACUAAUAUCUUUGACUAUACUGAUUUUGAUUGGGUAGGCAAUACUUUGGAUCGUCGGUCAACUACGGGAUAUUGUGUGUUUAUUGGGGGUAAUUUGGUGUCCUGGAAGAGCAAAAAACAGCACGUUGUUGCUCGGUCUAAUGCAGAAGCAGAAUAUCAGGCUAUGGCUUCUGCUGCAUGUAAGCUUAUAUGGCUUAAAUCUCUCCUUAUUGAUCUUGGUUGUACCUUUACUACUCCUACUGCUUUAUUUUGUGAUAAUCAAGCAGCGAUUUCGGAACAACUUGCUGAUGUUUUCACCAAAAUGCUUCCCACAACACAGUUUCUUCUUUUACUUAGCAAGUUCGGCUCCAUCAAUCUCUUGGAUCCAGCUUGA